AUAGCCGGCUGAGUGUAUGCGCGUUCGGGUGCUGGGGAUGCUGCUGCAGCCGCAGAGGCUGCCUUGAGGUGUGGGGAGCAGCCGCAGCAGCAGGAAGGCGGGGCUGCAGUGGCUCCCCGGACCAAAGGGGGUAGGAUUCUGCUCAGUAUGUUUAGUACAAGUUGGUGAAGAAGCGGGGACUCGCCUGGAGCCCGAAACAGCCGCGAGAGAAUUGUAACCUGGUAACUGUAGCUUUUGUUGAAAGAAACAAGCCAUGAGAAGGGAAUUCAACAGUAUGGGAAAAUCAAUCUAGCUUAAAGAAAUGCAUUGCCAUGCUCUCGCCCAAGAGGAUUACGGCUCCCUCAUGCUAACAUCAUAAGGCUGCAAAUGAAGAAGACAUCCUGCUAGAUUUUGACCACCAACAUCCUGCUGUGGCCAAACAGUGAAAAGAGGCACCUUCCCCAUGACAACAUGUCAACAAAAGAACAAAGCCCCCGCCAUGGUGCAAAAUCCCGCACUGUACAGCGAGGCUCAACGAUUGAUGUUGCCUCUGACAUGUUAGGUUUAUCUCUGGCAGGAAACAUCCAGGAUCCAGAUGAGCCAAUCUUAGAAUUCAGUUUAGCUUGCAGUGAGCUGCUCACUCCGUCGCUAGAUAGAAAGCCAAAUAGUUUUGUUGCAGUGAGUGUAACGACACCACCUCAGGCAUUCUGGACAAAGCAUGCUCAGACAGAAAUUAUUGAGGGAACAAGCAAUCCUAUCUUUCUAAGCAGUAUUGCCUUUUUUCAAGACUCUCUUAUUAAUCAGAUGACACAAAUAAAACUUUCUGUAUAUGAUGUUAAAGAUAGAUCUCAGGGAACUUCCUCCAGGAUGCCAUCCCAGAGUUCCAAUCCGCCUGGUUCCUGGCAAUGCUUCGCCCCAUCAUGCCUUCCCUUGCCAUUGGUUGUCAGCUUGGUCUGGGCAUGUAAAAGCUGCACGAACUGCUUUGGCUCUUUUUGCCCGUCCUCAACAACUCUCAUCUGGUCAGAGCCUAGCCGUGGUGGAACUAUACCAAGACAGAUGUAUUUAUUGGGUUCUGUGAUGUUCACUGUAAAGGAGCUACUUAAGGAGAGGAAUCAUAGGCUGCAUUUAACACUAAGAUCUGCUGAAAGUGAUCGUGUAGGCAACAUUACGGUCAUAGGAUGGCAGAUGGAAGAGAAAACGGACCAAAGACCUCCAGUUACCAGGUCUCCUGAUACUAUCAAUGGAAGGACUGUGCUGCCUGUUGAUGAAAGUUUAACAGAAUCUUUAGGAAUCCGAUCCAAAUAUGCUUCAUUACGGAAAGAUUCAUUGUUAAAAUCUGUGUUUGGAGGGGCCAUUUGUCGGAUGUAUCGUUUCCCCACCACUGAUGGGAACCAUCUGAGGAUCUUGGAGCAAAUGGCAGAGAGUGUACUUUCCCUACACAUUCCCAGACAGUUUGUGAAGCUACUACUUGAGGAAGAUGCUGCAAGAGUUUGUGAACUUGAAGAGCUGGGAGAACUGUCUCCUUGUUGGGAAAGCCUUCGUCGGCAAAUAGUUACUCAGUACCAAACAAUUAUUCUAACCUACCAGGAAAACCUCACAAAUCUACAUCAGUACAAAGGUCCAUCAUUCAAAGCAAGUAGCCUGAAAGCUGAUAAAAAGCUAGAAUUUGUGCCCACAAAUUUACACAUACAGCGAAUGCGAGUCCAGGAUGAUGCCGGAUCAGAUCAGAAUUAUGAUAUAGUAACUAUAGGAGCUCCAGCAGCUCACUGUCAAGCCUUUAAAUCUGGAGGUCUGCGGAAAAAGUUGCAUAAAUUUGAAGAUGCAAAGAAACAUGGUGGCAGGGCCAGCUUUAGGGGUGUGCCGAGCUUCAGGGCGCCGAGCUUCAGGGCGCCGAGCUUCAGGGACCACCAUGCAGGGGUGCCACUUGGGGCACUCGCCGGCACUCAGGCAGAAAGAGGGAAGUAUGGGGUCCCCUCGGCUCGCUCCUCCUCGCACUCCAGGAAACGGGGACUUCUUUGGAAUUGGUCCCGCCAGGCGAAGCGACAGUGCUCUUCAACCACUUCCCAGUCAAUAGUGUACAUACCGCAGGAUAUCAUUCGAGCAAAGGAGAUUAUUGCACAGAUCAAUACCCUGAAAACUCAAGUCAGUUACUAUGCAGAAAGACUCUCUAGAGCUGCCAAGGACAGAUCAGCCAAUGGACUUGAAAGAACGCUUGCCAUUUUGGCAGAUAAGACACGGCAGCUUGUUACUGUCUGCGAUUGCAAGCUGUUGGCAAAUUCAAUACAUGCGCUGAAUGCUGCAAGACCAGAUUAUAUAGCCUCAAAGGCCUCCCCAACUGCUACAGAGGAAGAACAAGUGGUGCUCAGGAAUGACCAAGACACUCUAGUGGCCAGAUGGACAGGAAGAAAUAGUCGAUCUUCUCUGCCGGUGGACUGGCAUGAAGAAGAAUGGGAAAAGGUUUGGGUGAAUGUUGACAAAAGUCUUGAGUGCAUUAUCCAGAGGGUGGACAAACUACUCCAGAAAGAGCGUUUGCAAAGUGAUAGCUGUGAAGAUGUUUUCCAGUGUGAAACCAGCUGUUCUAGCAAGAAAGGUAAACGGGAUACUCGUGCAUACUGGAUAAAGCCAAAAGCCUUAAGUGAGAUCUCAUCUUCAUCUUCAUCCCAAUCAUCAUCUCCAUCCAUGUCAUCCUCUGCAUGCCAUUGUCCCACAACCACAAAUUGCAGUCCCACUCCUGAAGAAUCCAGCCCAGGUGAAUGGAGUGAGGCCCUCUACCCCCUGCUGACAACACUCACAGACUGUGUGGCUAUGAUGAGCGACAAGGCAAAGAAAGCAAUGGUCUUUCUUUUGAUGCAAGACAGUGCUCCUACCAUAGCCCUUUGCUUGAGCCUUCAGUACCGGAGGGAUGUGGUCUUUUGCCAAACUCUCACAGCCCUUAUCUGUGGCUUCAUUAUCAAGCUGAGGAACUGCCUGCAUGACAAUGGGUUCUUGAGGCAGCUCUAUACCAUUGGCCUGCUGGCACAGUUUGAAAGCCUUUUGAGCACUUACGGCGAGGAGCUUGCAAUGCUAGAGGAUAUGAGUGUGGGCAUAAUGGACUUGAGAAAUGUAACGUUCAAAGUAACUCAGGCCACAUCGAAUGCCUCUGCUGACAUGCUGCCAGUCAUUACAGGAAAUCGUGAUGGAUUUAAUGUGAGAAUUCCAUUGCCAAGUACCUUGUUUGAUGCGCUGCCUCGUGAGAUUCAGAGCGGCAUGCUACUGAGAGUUCAACCUGUUCUCUUCAAUGUGGGGAUCAACGAACAACAAACCUUAGCAGAGAAGUUUGGGGACACCUCAUUACAGGAAAUGAUAAACAUGGAAAGCUUAGUACGACUGAAUUCCUACUUUGAGCAGUUCAAAGAAGUUUUGCCUGAAGACUGUCUACCUCGAUCCCGUAGUCAAACGUGCCUGCCUGAACUGUUACGGUUCCUGGGACAGAAUGUACAUGCAAGAAAAAACAAGAAUGUUGAUAUUCUUUGGCAAGCUGCUGAGAUUUGCCGCAGAUUAAAUGGUGUUCGGUUUACAAGCUGUAAAAGUGCCAAGGAUAGGACUGCCAUGUCGGUAACUCUGGAGCAGUGUCUAAUAUUGCAGCACGAACACGGAAUGGCUCCUCAGGUCUUCACACAAGCCCUGGAGUGCAUGAGGAGCGAGGGUUGUCGAAGAGAAAAUACAAUGAAGAAUGUUGGAUGUCGCAAAUAUGCAUUUAAUUCUCUGCAGCUGAUGGCUUUCCCCAAGCAUUACAGGCCUCCUGAAGGAACUUAUGGAAAAGUUGAAUCAUAAGAUUACUGUGUCCUGUAACUAAUUGUUCUGUUAAAAUAUGUGGAUACACUCAACUUUAGUAUAUGAACUUUGACUACAAUGUCAGAAACAACUUUUUGUACGUUUCACUAGGUCAUACUGAGCAUGUACUUUUAUUAAAUUGGAUUUCAUAGGGGGAAAGGUUAUUUGCUGAUCCCUUGUAACAUGAAAAUGUUAUGACUGUCUACUCACAUAACUAGCCAUCAGUGUAUGUAAGAUGCCUGAACAUACUGUACCACUGAUUUCUUCUCUAAAUGCCUAAAUACAAGAGGGAACUUCUGGAUUGUUAAGGAUUUUAUGAACAAUAUUUAGGCAGCUGUUACACACACCUUUUUUUAUACUGAUUUGAUUUGUGAUUAAGACUUUCAUAGUACUUUUUAAAACUUUGGAGUUGUAAAUAGUAAAUUAAUGGGACACAGGGCAUUUUAGUAAGUACAAAAGACACUGUUACGAAGGAGAAAUGAAAGCUCAGUUUUAAGACUGGGCAGCACAGUGUAUUUGAAGCCAAGAGAUUAAAAGUUUAACAUUAAGUAGAACACUAUCAUAUACGGUGUUUGUAAUAUACAAGGCCAGGAACUGACACAAGCCCCAUUUCUUCUUGGUUCAGAAACAGGAUUGGACUCAUGAUCCUUUCAUUCACUUGAGAAAAAUGUUGCUUCAUGUUUUGUGUUACUAGUGUUAGCAAACAAUAGAUAUAAGGCCUGAACAAGAGAGCUGGAUGUGACAAAAUGCUGCAUAUAAUUAGUAAUGGGUGGGUGAUAGUUGUGGGUAGUGGAAGCAGAUGGCAAUUAAGGUAUGCAUUCUUAACUGCACUGCAGAUCAGAUAGGAAAAUGUAUCCUCACCUGUGCUGCAAAAGUCAGUGCACAGGUUGGAUCACUUGCAUAUCUGCACUGUCAUGUGCAUCCAGUACCUGUCAACUUGAACCUCUUUCUGUGUGUGUAGAUCAGCUUACUGCAUGCAACAAUGUGCAGCACAAGCCAACACAUCCAGAAAGCAGAUAAUGGGUGUCCUUGAAUUGUACACAGCUGGAUUUCAUGUAAGCUUCUUGACAAAAGGACAGAUGCUCCAUUCAUGAAAACCUUCUACCAAGGUGCUAGUUGGAUUGAUGGCCUGAUCCUUGGAAGAGUUUGAUGCACCUGAGAGCACUGAAAUCAACGGGUGUAGUGUGCCUAACGCUGCAUAGCAUCAGGCUGCAGGUUUUCUCAUCUUCCUGUUCCACUUUCAAUAUUUUCAUCUAAAGUGAAAAUUAAUUAUAAAGGACUCAUCUGUUCAGAACAUUAGGUACUUCUUACUAAUUUUUCCUGUUGGUAUCCAAAAUUAAUUGCAGGUAGGAGUGUGCACGAGCCAUGGUUCAAGCACCAGUUUGGCAAGGGGAGUGGGAGCUUUAAGAAAUAAGAGAUCAGGUCCUUACCUGCUCUCUGCUACCCCAUGCAGUUUUCUGCUGGGCGGCGCUCAGCCCAAGUCUCUCUGUAUGGCUCCAGCACACACAUGGCACCCUCACAUGCAUGCGUGCCCUUUGCAUGAUCAGCAUAGUGCUGCUGACCACGCAAAUGGCAAGGACCUGUUCUCCUCUUUCUUAAAGCUCCCGCUCCCACUCCCCUCCCCGCGCCAAAUCGGUGCUCGAACCGCAGUUCAUGCACACCCCAAAUUACUGGCCCUGACAUCUAAUAUCAAGCCAGUCCAAUUUAUUUCUGUCAAAACCCACUGUUUUCAUUCUUUUGUUAUUUAUUUGUGUAUAGCUUCUGUUUUUUGCUUUAUUAGAAUGUUGAAUUGGGGGAAAUGGAUUUUCAUUGUUUUUAAAAUGAAUCAUGGCCGUUUGUUUUGAUACCAAAAUGACUGUUAAAUGUAGAAUGUUAUCACCUCAAAAGCAAAUAUGUGAAUGGGCCUUAUUCAGGCUCUGGAUGAAUAACAGUCUACAAAUGAAGCCAGUUUGGAUGGACGUCCACCAUCACACACGUUUAGGGUGGGGAUGUGCCAAGAAUGCACCUGCCCCGACAUCACUCCAUAUGACCAAAUCAAGUCACUUGCGAUAUAGGAGGAAAAGAUAGGAAGGACUCACUCGCAGAUUGUACCAGCAGAAAGACGUAUGCAUCAUGCUAAAGACAGAAUGGUAUGCAGCUCUGUUGAUUGCCAGUACCUGAUCAACAGCUUUUCUUGAAAAUAGGAAUUGCAAACAGUUUGUAUUGAAAGUAUAAAUCAAGCAUUGAUUUUUUAAUUGUUUCAUGUCUAAUACUCUGUAUCUCUUUAAUCAAAUACUGUAUAUGCUAUUCAAAGAUUCUAAGGCUAUGUUCAAAAACAAUCUUUUUCACUUUUAAUUCCAUUGAAAUUACUGGCUGACAUCCUGACGAAUAGAUGCAGGUGUGUUAGGAGGGUCUUUGGGGACAUGCUGGGAACCUUUUCAUAACUCAUGACAUGUUUGCACUUCUACAGAGCACUUCCAGAGCACAAGCAGCGCUCGGAUGUGUUAGCUCUUGUGAAACAGCAUGCACACAUCACUAGGAGUUGUGCAAGGGCUCUCGUUGCAUAUAUGCAAACCCUCCUAAUGCAUACACUUCAUUAGGAUGUCAGUAAGUGAGUUUUACUUAUAGGUAAAUAUGUAGUAUCCUGGGCCUUGUAAUGCAAUAGGAAAUAUGACUAGCUUUUUCUCAACAAAAUAACAGCCUGCAAUACAUACGGUCUUUUCUAAGCAUGUUUUACUUCUCCCUGUUGUUUGCACUUUAUUUCUUGGGUAUUUAUUCUGUGCCCACAGAAAUGGUUCACCAUUUGCUGUUAUGUUCACGGUUUAGCAGCUUAGCUGCAACUUUACAUCUGCUAGUCACGGUUUCUCUGAAUUGGCUUUUUAUUACAGUUUCAUCUUCUUCCAGUUUCAAAGUUGUGAACCUUGUGUAAGAUGUUUAACCCCCAAACUGUUCUGUUGGGGAAAACACUUCACAAACUAGCAGGCAAACUAGACUUUGAUUAAUGUCCAAGUUUUAUUACUUUUUAAAUUUAUUCUCUGUUCUCCACUUUUAUUGUUGUGUGUUUAACAUGUUUUAAUCACAUACUGCACUUAAACACUUGCAUUAUUAUACUUCAGCUUUUAAUACUGCUUUGGAGAAAGAAUUGAAUGUUUAGCAAAGAUUUCAGUAUUUAAAAUGACCUGAUCCUAAGACUCUGCAAUCAAGUAAGGGUUGACUGUUCAUACUAGUGUCAGCAUGGCAAUUACAAGAUACAACAUACUUGUCCUGUUUCAGCAACGUCUUGCAGGCAUGAGAGCUCCUAUGUGUACAUGAAGGUUUCCCUAUUCAGGUAACUGAAAAGGGUUACUCUGCAUAUACACAGGCCUGCAUACAGAAGUACAUUUUCAGUUGAAAUGAAGAAGAAGCUUGCAUGCACUGUACGCUUUUGUAUCGCAAGACAAAUGGAGCUCUGGUUUGUGACACAUGUCAGUAAUGCAAAGUGUGCUGGCAAAGCCUUAGGCCAUAGCCAGUAUACUGUUUUUUGAUCAGAUGUUUAGUUAUACCCCCUCUAAAUUACAGUGAGCCUUGGUACUUACUUGAAUUACACUACUGGAAAUGGCUUGUUUUACAGUUGCACUUGAGUGAGGAUCCACCAAUAGCAGCAUAUAGCUUUGCAGUACUUUUUCUGAAGAAUUUCCCAGCUCCUCCUGUGCAUGCAUUACUCCUCCAUCCCCUUUAAAAAGUAAUAGAACACCAAGCUACAACAUUGUGUUAAAUGUGGGGAAGGGAUGCAAUAUUCUGAUUUCAUUCUUUUUCAUUUCAUAUGUAAAACACUCUUGUCCAGCUAAUAAUCUACACAUAGAACUUGACAUGCACAUGAGUGGGAUUCUGUGAACGAUGGACUGAACAGAGCUUGAUUGAAAAUGGAAAACUGUGAAACCAUAAAUCUAUGUAGGAAAUGUCAUAGGAGCAGAGGUUUGGGUUUUUUAAAAAAAGGUUUUGUGUGUUUGCACAGAAAAGGCAUUCUCAAGGAUUAAUAUAGUGUAAAGUACAAAGAAAAGUUUUUUUCUUAAAAAAAAAAAAGAAACCUAUGAAAGGAUUUGGAAAAAUCUGCUGCCAAGUAUGUUCUGUGUAUGUUCUGUGAAAGCUCCCACAGCACAGUUGCCUUUUGGGGUUUUGUUUGUGUAUGUAGAACUAUUGUAAAAUAGAGCACAGUUUUGUCCAAACACAGUUGUAUUUGCCAAGCUUUGUGCAUUUAAUUUUUUAUUUAUUUGUUUUGGGGCAGUAUUAAUAUACCAUAACCAUACGGUUACUGUUUUAUAUAGUCUUAAUUCAUCCAAUCCAUGUAUGCUGUAAAUGUGCUAGUCUUUAGGGAUAAACAAACAAUAAAGAACUGACAAGAAUGUG